UCGUGCGCACGUGUUACGGCAUGACGCACAGAUUGUGCAUACGGAUGUAAACACUAUUCGGUUCAUGAGGAGGGAAAACCGAACAUGGCACCGAAGCUGGAGCGUUUUGUCAGUCCGGGUAAAGGCAACGGUCUGCGCGCAACAGCCAGGAUCAAGAAGGGAGAGCUGGUGUACUCCGCCGAGCCGCUGGCCUGCUGUGUGUCCGGUAAACUGGCCAGAGAUGUCUGCCACCACUGCUUCACACGACGUGAGACCUUGUUGCGGUGUUCCCAGUGCAAGAUGGCUCGCUACUGCAAUACCACUUGCCAGAAACAAGCAUGGUCUGGUCAUAAGAGAGAGUGUAAAUGUCUGCAGAGCCUCCUUCCCCGAGUUCCCACUGACUCAGUCCGUCUGGCUGCGAGACUCAUCUUUGCUCUGUUAAGUCCAUUGAAGAGCAGUAGUGAGGAGCUCUACACUUUGGAGGAGCACGAAUCACACCUGAGUUCCAUGCCUGAGCAGAAGAAACAAGGUCUGUCUCAGCUGGCGGCCAUGUUAGAGAUGUACCUACAACAGGAAAUACCUGACCUGGCAACGGAAGUGACAUCAACAUUGCCACCUUCCUGCAGAGAACCCCUCAGUCUCAUAGCAAAGGUGACAUGUAAUUGUUUCACCAUCAGUGACGGAGAGCUGCAAGAGAUUGGAGUUGGGCUGUAUCCUAGUUUAUCUCUGCUAAACCAUGACUGUAGGCCAAACUGCGUGAUGGUGUUUGUGGGAACAAAACUGCAGCUGAGAGCUGUUCAGGAUAUCAACCCUGAAGACGAGCUGACUAUAAGUUACAUCGAGACGCUGUCAUUAAGGGAAGAUCGACAGAGACAUUUGGAGGACCAGUACCUUUUUAUCUGCCACUGCCAACACUGUGACUCUCAAGACAAAGAUGGACUAAUGCUGUCAGGGGAAGACUCAACAUGGCUCCUGCUAAAGGAGGCUCUAACCAGACUGGAAGGACUGAAAGCAGAGUCCAAGUGGCAAGCGUUGCAAGAGAGCUGUAGUCAUCUGUUAUCAACUGUUGGGGGUGACGUGCCAGAUGAAAAUCUCUAUAAACUCAGAAUGACAGACAUGGCUUUAGAUGCCUGCAUUCACCUGGGAUGCUGGGAGGAAGCUCUGACAUAUGGGGAGAAAUCACUUCCAAUUUACAGGCAAUACUACCCUGAUCCCCAUCCUGUCCAUGGGGUCCAGCUGAUAAGAGUCGGAAAGUUGCAACAUUACCUGGAACAUAUUGAGGACGCUUUGGACACAUUCAAACAGGCUUAUCAGAUCGUGAAGGUCACCCAUGGUGAUGAUCACCCCAUGACCACUGAUCUGUUGAUGAAGAUGGAGGAAUGUCACACUGAGAUGGGUCAACAGACAUUUAGACGUCACUGAGACAAAGCCACAAGAGACAACUGCUACUGGACUCUUUUAUAUGACUUAAAGGACUAAUUUCUUAAAAUUUAAAUGUUGUUCAUUUUUUUUCAUACUUAAUUAGGAAUUUUCUUAAAAAAAAGCUUUGAACUUGAUUCCUCAUUUUGUAAAAACUGAAUGAAAUAAGUUAAGGUUUGUGUUACCCACUUUAAAAAGUCGAAUGUGUACAGCCAUGCAUGGCAUCUGUUAGGCUGCAUUCAGGCACAUUGGUGCAUUGAGCUAUAGAUUACCUUGCUAAUAUUUGGUGAUUAGCACUGAACACAUAGUACCGCUGAGGCUCAUGGGAAUGUCAUUAGUUUUGCAGUUUUUUUCUCAUAAACCAAAUUAUUAAACAAAAAUAUAUUUAAAAAAAAAAAAAAAAAACUAUAAAUGUCACCAAAGUCACCUGGGCACCAUGAAAGGUUUACAACUGUGCAUCCAAGAGUUGUUAAGAUAUUUCAGUGUGGAACAAAGUGAUGACACAUGUUAAAGUGUUUUAUAACCAUACUGAGCCCAAAAUAUUUCAUAUUGUGACAUGACAUAUUACAAAAUAUUACGAUCCUGACACUCCUGACACCUGACAGUAUCUAUACUAUGGGAGGCAACUGGCAUUCUGAUGUUUAUCACUUUUGAAUCAAUGUCAUACACCAGUGUUGUUUCAAUGUUGUUUUAUAAACCUUAAACAUUGUUUGAAAAUUA